UGAAUAUUGUUGAAGUAGCUUUAUAUUAUUAUAAGUUUUCACUGCUUUACACAAUUGUACGUGUGGUUUGUUGCAUAUCAAUUAAUUCUACACGCAUAAUAAAAAUAAUCUACUAUUAUCCACCGAGUUUCUAAUGCUGUUGAGGUUAAGUAAUUGAUUUCAGUUGACCUGCUCGACAUAACCUGUAAAACAACAAUUGCAAAAUGUAACUGAAAUGCAUGUAUAUAUAUAUUAAAAGCGUUACAAUAAAUAUAUCGUAUGAAAUCGUCAAUUUUGGAAAUGAAUUACGCUGCUUGAAUUACAAUAUUCAUGAAUAUAGCCGUGAAAAAAAAACGUAAAAGAGGUGUUAUAACCUAGUUCAGUUUAUUAUUUAGACGUCAUGACGCUUAUACCUAAAGAUUUAACAAAACUGCUGGAUAUCCUCGAAGAGGAGAAUCUAGAUACGAGUUUGGAGAAUCUUUGUAAUCAGUUACAUCAAGUAUUUCCGAAAGAAGAUCGGUUCAAAGUAGGAAUGACAUUGGUUCUUCUGUUACAACACAUAGACUUGUUACCAAAAAAUGUUCAGCGUAUAAUAGCAGUGGCGUUAUUAUUUGAUCUAUAUAGAGGAGAACCUUUGACCUCUACACCUUUUGCACCAGUUUUUAUUCAGGUUUUAAAACCACAGGAAGAUACAAAUAAUGGAGUACCAAAGACUAACUUUUCAGGACAUAUACCAGUCUUAUCACAAUGUGAGAAAAACUUGUUAGUAAAUUUACUGGGGUACAAUCAGAAAGAUAUUUUGAAAAAAACUCCAAGACAAAUUGUGGAUGAAUUAUAUUUUGUGUCUGUACCACCCAUUGAUUUAAGUAAUUUACAAGUACAACUGACAGAGCGUCAUUCAGAAUUGCCAGCUAUUGCUAAAUGUGGAAAUCCUGUGAUUUUACCUGAUAUGGAUCACUCUAAAGUAACAGAAAUCGAUAAAAACACUGCUAAGAGUAUAACAGAAGUUUUAAUUUCUAACGAUCCACCAUUGUGUAGUCAGAGUUAUCGUCCUGAAUUCUUAAGACUAGCACCUCCACUUUAUCGUUCAGUUGAUGAACUAUCAUGGUUCAAUGUUACAGAACCUUCUCAAUUCACAAUCGAAUACGACACUAAUAUGUGUGUUUCGAAUUGUGCCGGUGCGGAAGCACGAAGGUUAAUGGGUAAAGCAUUUAAAAGUGUACUCACAUUACAGCAACAACAACACCUUGUUAAUGAACUAGAUAGAGAUCCCAAAUUGGUGUAUCACAUUGGCCUUACACCUGGAAAAUUACCAGAUUUGGUAGAAAAUAAUCCCUUGAUCGCGAUCGAGGUUUUAUUAAAACUUAUGCAAUCAAGUCAAAUAACAGAAUAUUUCAGCGUUUUGGUAAAUAUGGAAAUGUCCCUUCAUUCGAUGGAAGUGGUCAACAGAUUAACUACUACCGUAGAUUUACCAACGGAAUUUGUCCAUUUGUAUAUUAGCAAUUGUAUUUCUACUUGUGAAACUAUAAAGGAUCGUUACAUGCAGAAUCGUUUAGUACGUUUGGUUUGCGUGUUUCUGCAAUCCUUGAUUAGAAAUAAAAUUAUAAAUGUAAAGGAACUUUUUAUUGAAGUACAAGCUUUUUGCAUAGAAUUUAGUCGCAUUAGAGAAGCUGCUGCUCUUUUUCGUCUUCUGAAGCAGCUUGAAUCUGGUGAUAUAGGUGGAUUGAAUACACCAUCUAAUAACAAUAAAUUAGACAUGUGUUAAUAUAAUUAACAUUUAAUUUUUCAAGUAUUUGGUAAAAGAUUAACAGACUAUCAAAGUUUCUAUUCUUGUCGAUUUAUUAAAUUACAACAAAUUAAGACAUGAAUAGUGUUUCACAGAGUUUUUCUA